AAAGGUUUGUGGAGAGGGGGAGCAUGCGGGAGGGAGCAGUUCAUUCCCUAUCAGUCUGUCACCGUGGUUGUUGUGUCCUCGGCCAUACCACACCAUCAGGCGACUGACGGCUUGUCACACUCUUUCAAGUCCGAUCGAUCGUGGGCUUGGGUUUCCGGAGUCGCAAAGUGUGGCUGCGCCAACCGAGGAGUUCAACAUCGCAAGGAGAGAACAGCAGCUGCCACAAGACACAGCGCCAAAAUAAUAACUGUCCUCAUCGCCUUCUUCUUCAUCAUCAUCUAUUAGCGACGACGGCCGGUAGCUUUUUUUUGGUCGGGGACCUGCGAUGCAGCAGGUCAAGAAUGUAGGUUAGGAUAGGGGUAGGAGUAGAUAAAGGGGGAGGGAGUCAACGAGUGUUAGUCGGAUGGGUCGGUACAAGACCUGCGAAGGCGCCAGGCUCCGGAGACCACCCUUGGUGUGUUUACGAUUCAAUUAUGUGGUGCACGCGGUCAAAGGUCAAACCACGACCUGCCUCGCUUCUGUACCUCUCUCUCCACCACCACACGGACACUUACACACUCCCACUCACACGCUCGCACGCACACACGCACUUCCCCAUCGUGUCCGUGCCGUGAGAGCUACGGUCCAACUGCCCGCUUCACUCGCAAGGCCGCACUAUAUUUCACGCAGUCUCUCGCGCGCGCCCUGCAAACCCCCGCGACAAGUGAAAAGCAUGGCUCCGAAGACACGACCGCGCGCCAGCUGGUGAAUCAGCCAGCAGAACAGCGCGAGACACGAGAGCACGAGAGAGACAGAGUGAAAGACGGCGGUCGCUUCCCUUUGCCCGCGAGCACUCUCUUCUCUCUCUCGCCCGCCCGCGCGCGCGUGUAUGUGUGUGCGUGUGUGCGCGCGCAGGCUUUCCGCGGCCGAGUGUGGCGUGUAGAUGCGUGGAGGAGGACGUGCGAGCGAGGGGAAGGAAGAAGAAAAGAGCCGGGGCGGGAUGCAGCGGGUUUGAAUGCCGGUGAUCAGCAGCGAGGGACGAGUUGACGUCCCGGCGCCUGGUCCAGCCAGACUUCGCACCUGCACACCUUGCUCGUGUUUACAGAGGGCGCGCAGCCGGAAGUGACCAGUUCAGCCUGCCCCCAUCAUGGCGCAGGGCCAUGAGUGGAUUUUACAGUCUGCCAGUUUCUUUUGGAUUUUUACGCUCCUGCUCAGCGAAUCCCAGAGCAAGAAAACCCAGACAUAUUACAUGGAGGGCACCGACUGUGGGGACAGAAAGCAUCUGGGAGCAGCAGUCGUCUACUCACAGCUGGUGGACUCAGGGUCCCAGUACUACUCACAUGACCUGGAAUGUCGAAUAACCUUUAAAGCUGAAGACGAUGGCUGGCGACUGAUGCUCAGGAUUACAGAACUAGAGAUCCCAGACCGCACGGCCAAUGGAAUUUGUAAUGAUGCCCUCUUCAUUUUUGAUGACAGUACCAUAUACGCAAAAGCAAUGGAAGACGCCGGCGGAACAGGAGGAUUAUGUGGAAACCUUUUACCACCACCGCUGUAUUCUACAGGGCAAUAUUUAACAGUAGUUUUUAAAACAGACUCAGAUGGCCCAGUGGGUCGGGGUUUCAAAUUCAUCGUCGUAGCCUUUAGUGAAGAUUAUAAAAAGUUCGGGACGUGCGGGUCCAGCUUCCAGUGCGACAACGAGAAGUGCAUAGAGGAAACACUGGUGUGCGACGGUGUCGACAAUUGUGGCGACUACUCCGACGAGGCAGCGGACGGACGCGCCAAGUGCCGAGAAGAAUGCGGAUUCAUCUGCAAGUUCCUCUCGCUUGGGGUCACUGCGUCCAUUUUCAUCUCGGUGGGCAGCAUCGUCAUCGUCGUGUCCUGCAUCGUCGCCCUCGUCUGCUGUUGCCGUCGCCAGCUGUGCCGCAAGAGACCCGACAGCACCACCACCAGCGUCACCACAACAGCUACCACCGUGAUGUCAAACGGCACCCCGGCGUCAACCUUCCAUGGUGAGGGGGAUGGUUCAUGUUCGAGAGCACCUAGCGCCUUUAGCAACCAUGGGUACACGCACCAAGGCUACUACCCUAUGCAGCCAGUGUACCCGGCUCCCCACGGGUCGGUGUACUCGUACAGCAAGGAGCUGUUCGCGCCACCCGGAAGUGCGUACUCAUCGCAACCCUCCCAACAUCGCUCAUACACUCCCACCUCCAGCAAGUCAGGCAAGUCCAACCGAUCCAACAACAGCACUUCAGUCACCUACAGUCAGGGAACGGAGAAAGUCUCCAUGCCUGUCAAUCUCUAGCGACGCCCACCAGUCGACAUACGUCCCGCCCCCCUGCCAUCUCCAGUCCCGCCCCCUUUUAGCUCAAAGCAACUGCGACCCCCUUCCUCCACUUCAUCCUCAUCCCCAACCUCCCUCUUUGCUUUCCACUUUCCCAGCUACCACGUAGUCGCACCGGAUGCUGAUAGCGCUGACCUACCGUAGUGCCGACCUUAGCUAUUUACUCUUCUGCAUUGUGGUACAACACCUGCAGUUGACAGUUACCACACCUUAUCCAUUUUCCAGAGGUUGUAACCCGCUCCCUAACCUUCCACAGGUUUAGUUUCCUUGAAACCUCACAUCCUAACGGGGGUUUGGGCUUACAAGUUUUAUUGAGGAUACAGCCGAUAAUUCUCCUUGAAAAUCGUAGUCCGUUGUAAUUAAUAACUUGGCCUUGCUUGGCCUCAGUGCACCGGUAUCUUCGCCUGCCUCAGUUCUGCCCUUUAAUCAGCCACCACCUACACACCCAUCCACUCACUGACAUUAACUAAUCUCCAGUUAUUUAUUUCAUGACAUGUUUUCUUCCUGUGAUCUGAAUUAACAAAAAUUUCAUGACACCAUAUUUCUAACGAGAUCACUCCUAUUUCAUACAGUACUGCUGCAACGCAUUUUGCUGAAACAGGAUUGUAUUGUCGUGUAAUCUCUGUAGCCUUCGUUGAUUUAUAGCAAGAGUAGGGCUGUGUUCGAGUCGCUUCUGUAGGUUCAGUUCAGCUGUUGAGUUUCUAGAUAAUUAAGGGGAAGAGGGGUUGGCUAUCUUCACUCAUCUUGGGGCAGAAAAACGAGUCAUACGGCCUCCAGACAAGGCGUACCUAUGUAUUAAGGCAGAAGCCCAUUUGAAUGGCAUAAUCUGUCCUGAGUGAUAUUACCGAUACGCGGAUAAGAAGCCCUGUAAGUACAUGGAUCAUAAUUCAGGCUCCCAGACAGGCGAAAUCCGUUGUCGGCGCUGUUCUGUGUGGAUAUUAUAUAUUUUAUAUUAUGUGUGUGUAUGUGUGUGCAUUUAACACGCUAGUUGAUUUCUAAUGUCUUCCAGAAUGUGGUUAGCCUAAAUGUCGAGAAAGAGAGAAAUUAAUUUAAAACGGCGCACAUUGAAAACAUCAGAUUCUAUUUUUAAAAAUUUGCUUCUUCAUCCGAGAGACAUCAGUGUAUGCUUUGUGACUCAUUGUGUUGUCUGCAAGAGAAAACAUUCGUGUCAUCAGGUGAUAGACCUCCCGCCCUGUUUGUGACGCAUUUUGUGCCCGAAAGAGCAAACAUUUCUGUCUUCUGGUAGUAGACACUUCAUCCCAUCCACACCAUUUGUUAUGUGUGGCGCGUGUGCUUGGCUAUCCAAGAGGGAAGGGAGGAGGGGAGAGAGAGAGUUUGCCCAUCCUUUGUUUUCAUCGUUCUCACCCGCCAUACCCGUAGUUGCAGCGUUUGACACUUGUGUUGUCGAUGUCAGUGUUCCAUGCACCCUCGACCUUCUUUCACCCCACUCCCAAUCACUCAAGCCUCAGAAUGCCCCGCCCACCUCAUCGGUCGUACUCUGAUUGGUCUACAGCACGGUCACAGAAAGAGACGGUACCGCCCAUCGACCACUUAUGAGGACCUCCCCCCUCCUGCCUCCUCCUACCAGCGCCGCAACUUCCAGGGUUGUCGAACAGAUGACGAUGUCCUUUGUGUCGGCGCCCGGCGAUGACGUUCUUCUACAGUGCCUCCAACUGCUGGCAACUUCCUCGAGCUCUGAAAACGAACAGCUGUACCAACCCGGGUGCCGGACUGUUCGCGGUUCAUUCACUCCCAGCAAGACGGUCCCGUCGCUUUGUCGACGCGUUGUCCAAACAGACGGCCACAAAGAACACCGGAAGUCGCCAAGGACCAAGCGUAGGAAGUGAGCGAUUCCGAUGGUCGUGGAUCACGUACACGUUGCAGCCAGUGGCAAACACUUUGACGCCUUACAACAUCAUACCUUGUCAACCGCGCUGUGCCCUCACAAAACGGACCGACGAUGUUUGUCUUGUAUUAAAAAAAAAAAAAACAGCUAGGACAUUUGAUAAACAAUGUGACUUCAAACUCUCGUUCCUGUUUGUGGAGUUUCGAACUUUUCAAAGUAACAGUCAACAAAAAUCCCAAUGGGUGGUGUAGGUGUGUAAGGUACUAAAGGGGGAAUGAGUUGUGUUCGUGACGGCAGUAUAUCAAUGAUAUCCCACCCAGCCUGCACCUGCCAAAAGCGUGUGUACCGCGGUGGCUCGCUUGAUAUGACCUCCACUACUUGGCAGCCGGAGGUCGUAACAGGGCGGAUGUCGAGCGGUCAGCAGUGGUAAACAAUCCGCAGAAACGGUGGUCAGCUUGGAAGAGAUCGAUAGGGGGGAUCUCUUGGUUCCAGACCACAUGUGCGUCCUUAGGAACGUCCCUCGUCUUCGGUGAUGCUCGACAGUACAGUGACCUCCCUUCAGCGGGGGCGCCAGCAUGUGUGAACACUGUGUACUUGUGUGUGAGGGGGAGGGCAGGGGGAGAGACAUUCCUGUUGCGUGCACGCUCGAGCUAAUGCUCCAGAAAUAGACUUUUGUUGCUGGAGACUGAACAGACAAUACUCUACAACUUGUCAAUAGCAGCAGCAGCAGCACAACAAUAUGAACACUGAAUGAAGUUCUGGCUACUAAAACCAGUUUUAAAACCCGCACCAUUUGAAUUUUUUUUUUUUUUUUUUUUUGAAAGAGUCCAAAUACAACUUGAAGCCUUUGAGAUAAAAGAAGUUUGCAAAGUGAAAGCUGUAGGGCAGGCAUGGCAGUUCUAAGGUCACGAAGAACAUGGCAAUUCCAGACGAUAGACCACUGAGUUGGUUUUUUUUAACCGCUGUUCUUUGACUCUCAACAAAUUCCUGAGACGUUUGGAACGGUCAUGAAAACCUGCCUGCUCACUAGCAAGUGUCUGAGCUACUGACCUUUUCCUUGGGCUCACCCAAGAUGAACGUCAUCUGGUAUCACGUGUUUGCCUUUGAGAGUUCCUGGCUAAAUGUUGUUGGGUUAACGUGUACAUCAAUCAGCUUGUUUACAUGAAGUAGCCUAGCUUUAACCAAGCGAGAAAGAUUUGUGAGUAGACCUACCUUGUAACUCACCUAGAGAACUUCUUGGUGUUUUGAACGCUUUUUUGCAAUCGGAGAAACCGUCGCUUUCAGAUUGGUAUUUUUAAAAUGUUUCUGUCCAGCUCUUUGAAAAAAAAUUUUCUGUUCGUGUACGUCCUUGGUAACGAGUUUGUUUUUGUUUUAUCGCACGAUUUAUGGAUAUUGUCAAGCAUUACAUGUUCAUGGUUUUAAUUGGGCGGAUUAUAUAGCCUUGUCAUGACAUCUCUGACUGUUUAGUUCAAAUGCUGGAAUUUUUGUUUUGUUUUUUUUUUUUACUUUAAAAUUACUGUACAUUUUAGAAUUCUGAUUGUCCUUUUAACUCCUCCAUUCCUGAUGUGUGCGAGAGAGAGAGCGUGUGUGUGUGGAGUGGACAUCAUCCUGUUACAAUGUCUACACGGCAAGGCCUAAGACUAGGUGUGGACAUUGUGUCUUCAUUCGCACCUUGCGCAGUACGUUGUGCAGACCCCGUACUUUCUUGUGUCUCACGUCAUGCGGGGUCAGAGGUCGGUCGUAUGCUUUUUUUUUUGUGAAAUCCCUGAUUGAGGAUGACCUCUCUGCAUUUAUAAUUAGUGUGUUGCCUUUGUAAGAAUACUGCCUGUCCCUUUUUUGGGGUUUCUUUUGUUUUCAUGUAUGUGGUCGACAAGGCCAAGGUGCGCUUUCGAUGUUUCCUAGUGAGAGCGGACCAAGUACAUGACUGAAUUAUUGUCACUGCAACUUACAGACUAUUUUUUUUUUUUUCGCCAGUUACCCAGACCUUUCUUACUUACUUUCAUGGCAACGAUAGACGGAUAGCGGCUUCAGUCGCUCAUUGAGUCAUUUCAAUGCCAACAAAAGAUGAAAGGUCUGGUUGUCUUUAAAUAGUGAUAUUAUUUUUGUAACAGAGAAAUUCAGUGUAAUCUGCCUGUAUUGCGACCGUCUUGAUGUAAAAUUUAAAUUGUCUCCAAGAGCAGGUUGUUUGGCUGCGGUUCUUUGUAUGUGAAGCUUAUUUCAGCCAAACGAGUAAGUAGUUUUGCGAGCACUGGAAAUUGAUAACAGAAGUUAUGUUUCCUUAUCACUUGCAGGGAAAUGACUGCGCUGGAGAUGAUACUAUCAGUUUCAUGAGCCCUUAGAACCAUGUUUGUAUUUGUGGUUUGUUUUUUUUCUAAUCCUCCAUCAUCACUGCUUGGCUUGUUGUGUGUGUGUGCAUGCGUGCCUGUAUGAGUGUUUGCGCACGCAAACACGAGAAGGUAAGAGAGUUAAAGCGAAUGUCUUUCAGUGCUCAUUAUUACUUUGUUUUCUCCCUUUUAAACCGCAGUGACUUGUAUGUGUGGAGAGACUGCAUUUCCUCCCUUCUGCGUCGUUCUUUGAGAGCGGAGUUAGGAUGAUGCUAGGUCUCUCUCAUCACACACACGAGAGAGUCCGAUGCUUUUUUUAAAUCAUUAAAACAUUGGCUGUCAAGUCUGUAAACGUUCCAACACUUAGUCACGUGGCAGGAACAAAGUGUAACCCACCCGGCAUCUAUACCCAUCCUUCGUCACCCGCACUCACCCAGUUUUUUUUUUUCUGUACACAAGCAAUAAAUGGCGUGGUUGGUAGUAAAGCUGUGUUUUAUUGGUGGGACCGCAUUGUUAUUAUAAACAAAUCCUUGGCAGUUUCUUAUCUUUAUUUUAAUGUGUUGUCUUUGUGACAAGGAGACUGUUGAUGGUUUCUCGACGAGAAAAGGAAGCGAGUGGCUUUCCUACAGAAGCCGACGGUGUGUCUGGGAAUUGCGUGAGUGUGGUUUAGCUUUCAGUUUGACUAUAAUGAGAGAUAGAGCCUUCACUGACAGCAAAAUGAUUGGCUUUCCUGACCUUUGUAGGAGUCAGCUGGUCAGCAGUGAAGUUGUCUAGUUUUUGUGAAUAUAUUUAAGGUACCCUGCAAGUGUAAGUUUUUAUCUAUUUUUAAAUUAAUGUGUUUGAAAUAUUAUGACGCAUGUUGGACUGCUGUUUGCAGCGAGCCCUUUUGGAUUGAUUGGUUCGCUGGUCAGUUUUGGCUGGUUGGGAAUUUUGUUUGUGUAUUGUUUAUUGUUAGUUUUUGAGGUGUGUGCGUGCGCGCUUGUGUGUGUGUUUGAAGAACGGACGUGGGUUAUUUUUUAUUUUACUGGUUUUUUUUUUUUUGUUUGUUUGUUUUUAUUUGUUUGGCUGUUUCCGUUGGCUGCUUCUUCUUUUCUUUUUUUUUUUAAAAAAGGGGCGAGGUAUGGAUGUUUCUUGAUAAUGACGUUAGCUAUCAUCGUAUACAUGAUCAUUCUUGUCGUUGUGGUCAUCUUUCCGGUUGAACAAUUUCACCGUCUCUUCCUUUCAUCGUAGCAUUGCCCAUCACGCAAGAAAAAAAGGUUCCUGUUGUGUAGAGUGUAAAUGAAAUUGUCUGGUCAGUCGACCCUCCUCAAAAGCGACCUCUGUCCUCGUGGGUGGGCGCCAGGAGCGCGAGUGGCGAGUGUAGACAGGAAGCUGGGGACAAGGGAGAUUAUCAAAUCACCUAGCAGAGUAUCGGGGGGAGGUAAGUGCGGGUUUUUGUGUGCUUUGCCUUGGUUUGGUUACGUCUGUUUGGACUGCUGGAAGGUUCUCUUUUAAAAUCGUAUUUGUGAUGUAAACCCUGGGGAGGACAAAAGAAAAUGUAGAGAGAAGUCCGUCCAGCAAUAGAGCGAGGUGGACGCUUUAGUAUUGCAAACGAAAACUUAAUCUCUGAAAUAUUUUACUUUCAUUUAUUUUUACUUUCGACUCAUAAGCGACUUCAGACUCACUUAAGAUCAGCCCCACAUGCAAAGGUGUUUAGCCAAAACGAACCCUGGGGUGUCAGUGAGUGCUACAAAGCCAAACGAAGACGUAGGGCGAGUUGCCGGCUGUCGUUAAUCGCCGUUAAAUAGCAGCAGUCGCGUGCUUGAUGUCAAGCACAAAUAAACAGGCGGGGGGUUAAGUAAUUUUAUUAAUUUUUCAUUAGGUAAACUAGAAUGUACCCAUUAUUUACCACCGUUUCAGCUGGUUAUAGAAGUCUACUCACCCACCCUCGCCCCAUUUUGUUGACGUUUCACGGCAGAUCGUCAAGACACAUGGGUCAGGUUGGAGUCGUUUGCUGAUGGUGUGUUUCUGCUGAUCGUCUCGACGUGUUGCUAUGACGACGUCAGACGUGUGACUGCUUGUAUAGCUUGUGUCGUUAACGUUUUUUAGUAUGUGAACCAUAUUGUGUAAUGAUGUCCCUUUACUGACCCCUUCAACCAUCCACCCACCCCCCGUCUUCUUGUGGACAAUCACUGGCCGUGCUUGAACUGUACUCUAUUUAUUGUUAUAUGUACAUAGAAAGGUACAGCAACUUUACAGAGUACGUGUUGAGAAGGAAAUAAAAUGGUGUACAUUUUG